AUCAAAUUACCGAUUUUGUGACAUGUGUGGUACAUGCCAAAAGACAUUAUAUUUUGUGUCAUCUCGGUUGACAUGGCAGCUCAAAUUCAGUUGGUCACCAACAAUCUUCUGGAUGAUCGGAAUGAUCAGAAGGGACUUUCCCCCCUUCGACGGCGAGUGUGUGAAAACCUCGAUCGGAUUCGGUUCAUCUGCGGCUAAAAUUAGAAGGUUGGUUAAAUUUAAAUUUUUUUAAACUGAUUAAGAAUUAUUACCCGAAAUUCUAAGGGGGGUAACGAGCAGAAAAACUGCCAAAAUUCGCAUGUUAGAGCCCGAAAAAAGAAGUCCUAAGUUGCAGUCUCCAUCGUGGUGUUCAGCAUCAACAUUCCGAGAGUGUCUCUUUAUCAGCGUCGAUUCGAGUGCGAUCAAAAAGCGCGACGGUCAAAGAUCUUUGGACUCGGUCAUGUCGAAUGUGGAGCAAUGAGAUCGACGGUAAUUACACUAGUCGCGCGCUUGAAAAUCAAUAAAAAACACAAAAUGCGAUGAGACGAUCGUGGCUUAUUUUUCAGCUCAACAAAACAAACACAAAGACACGCCCCCUUUUUCUUCACACCACCAAUCCGAUUGAGUCCGUGCUGCAGAGCGUUCUGAUUUGCCAGAACAUGAAUCUGGAGCGCGUAAAACUCGUGGAAAGGCUAAAAAUUAUUAUACUUAUUUACUCAAGACAUUCAAGUAAAUAAAAAACAGUUUAAAUGGAAAAAAUUAGCAGAAACGGUAUCAUGAAAUAUAGCAGAACCCCGACAUCACCAAAAGAUCAGACCCGGCCGCCGCGCGGUCAAAACAUUAUUGAAAAAAUAAUAAUAAUGUCAAUGAAUUAAUCUGAUGCAGAAUGCAGAGUUCCUUAAGGCUUAGACCGGCGGAUUGUGUUGGACGAGCAGUUCCGAUGAGCAAUUUUGAUGCCCUUGGAGAAUUUUUUUCUUGUUUAUUGUUUCGGGAGAAUUAUUCUUUGGAUUUAGACUUACACUAAGAAUCAGUAUGAGUGCGGUACCAGUUAAUUUACUAUACCCGCGAGGAAAAUAAAAAACCAGAAUUGGCCAGUAAACAACAAUUUUGUUUGCUUGCUUUUCAGAUUGUCUUCAGGCUCAACGCAUUUUUCUGGAAAUAAAAGAUCACACUAUAUCACAUAAUAAUAUUUUAAACUUCACAAAUAAUUAUCCUGUAUUUUUGGUACAAGAAAUUUUUGUCACUGCAUUUUUUUCUAUAUAGCGUCCAAUAUUUGGUUUCAUUUAAUUUUUACUGAUAAUAUAUUAUUAUAACUUCACUCGCUCUUGAAAAAAGAUUGGCAAUGCUUCCAAAUUAUAGAAUAUAAUAGUUAAAUUAAUAUGAUAAAAUAAAAUUCUUAUUAAUUUACGUUAAUUUUUAUAAUUUUCGUAUCGAAAUGCGUCAUACGAAGUUGGAAAGCUGUGGCAAUGGGCUUCCUAAUGAUGUAGUGUUUCUCUUUAUUAUUAUUUGUGACGAAAUUACUGCGCAAUUCAUUACGUCCUGUACAAAACAUUUAAUAAAAACCAGACUCCUUUAAAAUUUAUAUUUUAAAUGACGUGCGCAGAGCCUAUUGUUUACCUGGACGUCACGAUUUUUCAAACUAAAAAUUUUCACCUUCCAAAGAUUUUGCACAUUAUCCUGAAAACGCCACGCACUCGGGGUAACACAAUGAACACGUCCACAGCAAAGACUUUUUUGUUCUUUGCUAUAUUUUCGAUUGUGAUGAUUGAAGCUCUUUCAGAAGAUCUGAAAGCGCAGAAAACAAAGCUUUCACAAAGUUCAAAGAAUGAUCAAUUGAAAACUGCGAGGGCUUUAGUGAUUAAAUGUUGCGGUAACGUAUCGUGCAAACAAGGGGCCAAGCGGAAUUCCACUAGGAUGAACUUUAAAUCAAAGAAAAAGCCUAAUUUUGGAGCUACUUCUAUCCCAGAAAAAUUCGAUAAAAACUCAAAAAUUCAUCAGGCAUGAGCGUUUUUUUAUAAUUUUAAAUUUAAUGAAGUUUUUAAAUCCUUCUGACAGCUCACAAUGCCUGUUAAUACUGGUGCCAUUAAUCAACCAAAUGCGUAUGGGAAUGGAACUGAUGGGGGUGGCAAUAAUAUUAUUGCAGACACAAAUGCUUUAAAUAAUGGUGGAAAUACUGAUGUUCUGACAAGUGGGGCAAAAAAUCCUCAAGAUUUUAAUGCCUCGGAAAAUCCUCAAGAUUCGAGCAGCCAAGGAAAUAUUAAUUCAAUGGGGGGCCCACAACAGGCACAAAAUUCUGGGAAUGCUGGUUCUGAAACCAGCAAUCCCAAUAACCCUUUGUCAUCUUUGCCUAUAGCCGGCAGCAACAAUGGCUCUUCAAAUAAUUAUUUUGGUCCUACCUCAUUUGGAACUGAUGCCCAAACCAUCAUUACCAAGGGGCCAGGAUUGAGUGUCCAGCAAACAACACUCUCUGGACAAACGGGUCAAACGACGACAAAAACUGCUUUGAACACCAAUGCAAAUAAUUCCGUUUCCUCCACUUCUAACGCGAACAAACUUGGCACUUCUUCAGCAGCGACCGUGGCAAGUGGCAUUGUUGGCAACUCCACCAAAACUGGAGAGACGACGGUCACGGCCAGAGUGACAGGAACAACUGUUGGGACCACUGGGAAGUCAACUGUCGUUCUAACUUCAGGGCUGUCGACUACAAGUGUGGCAGGCCCCAUCGAUGCAGAAUCGGCGGCACUAGACAAAAUCAAAUGCGGCAGAUACAAUCAAGCUGUUGAUCAAUACCAAAGUUACUUAGAAGCUGUAAAUUUGGCUAGUAAGGUGGAAGUUAAUUGA